UUAAAGCGGUACAGACAUCUUUAGCGGGAGCCUCGUUCUGGCCUCUCACGCCCCGCAGCUCCUCCUGUGCUCCUGUGCUGUCAGCUGUGGGAGUCAGCGUGUUUCUCCUCUGGCCCAUAAAAACAACCACACACGUUUCACCAGGCAGAAUCGCCACCGGCAGCCGGUCGUCGACAGACAUGGCCAACACAGAGGGGAGUAAACUUUGGGGGGGUCGGUUCGUGGGGGACACUGAUCCCGUCAUGGAGAAGUUCAACGCGUCCAUCGCUUACGACCAGAGGAUGUGGGAUGCUGACAUCCGAGGGAGCAAGGCGUACGUGAAAGCUCUGGAGAAGGCCAAGCUGGUCACCACGGAUGAGAUGAACCAGAUUUUGCAAGGGCUGGAUCAGAUUUCUGAUGAGUGGUCCAAAGGUGUUUUUGUGAUCAAACCUGGAGAUGAGGACAUUCACACUGCCAAUGAGCGCAGGCUGAAGGAGCUGAUUGGCUGCACCGCAGGGAAGCUGCACACUGGCAGGAGCAGAAACGGAACCAGACACACAGACAUCUACUUGUCUUCUCUGAAGUCACCCUUUGGUGUCCUCUGUCGCCUCUUUCUGAACUUCAGAGAAAUCGACGUCCUGUGUCCUGGUUACACUCACAUGCAGAGAGCUCAGCCAAUCAGAUGGAGCCACUGGAUUCUAAGUCACGCUGUUGCUCUGAGCAGAGACGUGGACCAGCUUCAGGAGAUCAAGAAGAGAGUUAAUGUUCUACCUCUUGGCAGUGGUGCCAUCGCUGGGACUCCAUUUGACAUUGACAGGGAGCUGCUGCGGAAAGAGUUGGGCUUUGAUGACAUCAGUCUGAACAGCAUGGAUGCCACGGGCCAAAGGGACUUUGUCGUGGAGUUCUUGUUCUGGGCUUCAUUGUCUUUGACCCAUCUCAGCAAGAUGGCUGAGGACCUGAUGCUGUACAGCACCAAAGAGUUCUCCUUCAUCACCCUCUCUGACGCCUACAGCACAGGCAGCAGUCUGAUGCCUCAGAAGAAGAAUGCUGACAGUCUGGAGCUGAUCAGGAGUAAAGCAGGUCGUGUCUUUGGCAGAUGUGCAGGGUUCAUGAUGACACUGAAGGGACUGCCCAGCACCUACAACAAAGACCUGCAGGAGGAUAAGGAGGCCAUGUUUGACUGCUAUGAUACUGUUCACGCUGUGCUGCAGGUGACAACUGGAGUCAUGUCAACUCUCAAGAUUAACCAGAGUGUGAUGGAAGCGGCCCUCAGUCCUGACAUGUUGGCUACUGACCUGGCCUACUACCUUGUGAGGAAGGGGGUGCCGUUCAGAGAGGCCCAUGGUAUCUCUGGUAAAGCUGUGUUCACAGCUGAAUCCAGAAAUAUUGCCUUGAAUCAACUCACUGUGGAAGACCUCAGUGCUGUUAGCCCUCAGUUUGAAAGCGACGUAUCAUCAGUGUGGGACUACACGAGCAGCGUGGAGCAGUAUACCGCCCCUGGAGGCACGGCCAAGAGUAGCGUUGCUGCACAGGUGGAGCACAUGAGGAACUGGCUUAAGAAACUGGAACAGUGAAACCAAGUUUCCCCUUAACGUUAUGAAUCAGGUUUGCUGCCACAAUUUAGUUGAAAGUAUGAAAUGUCAGAUUGAAGUCAAAGUGACUUAUUUGUGACUUGAAAACCAUGUUGCCUUUCAAACAUUCUCCUCCAAGUACAUAUGAUUUGUCAGUAGGUUGCUGUUACAAAGGACCUGUAAAACAGGUGACAAAAUGAAUAAAUGUUACUCAAACCGUG